UUCCUUGAAGCCUCGAUUAACAUUCAAUCGCUAAUUAUGAUUUCUUCUAAUUAUGAAUUGGAAUUCCAAAUAGAAUAGUUAUUUCCAGGUCUUUUGUAUUCCGAAAAGUAACUUAUUGUGAGACCUUUAUCCCUUCAAUAAUUUAUUAAUUAGAUUCCGAAUCCGAAUUAUCGAUUACAAUUUAAUCGUAUGUUAUAAAUACGUUAAUUAAAAUAUUCGCAACCAUAAAUUAAUUACGUCCCUCCUUAUUUUUCUAUUCACCUGCUGUUCUCUAAUAAAGUACGUCACGUGCUUUCAAUUUAUAUUCAUAUUUAUUAUACAAUUAAAAGUUCACCUGCACGAAUCAUUCUAUUGUGUCGAAACCAAUAUAAAGACAAAACAAUUGUGUUCACGACUCAGCAUCGCCGGUCAUUCACUCGGUGAUGAAGAAAUACCUUUGGUCCUGAAUUUUUCUGUCGCUAUAGAUAUUGCUGACAUCGUUCGAUGCAAAACGUGGUUGGCGACAUCGAAUGCCGCGUUAUUCCGCGUCGGUGGCAUCGAGUGCACGGACCAUUGACAGCCAGAAGCAACUCCCUUGAGACGGUCUCCGAGGAUAGCCCUGCGGUGGAUAUCCCAACGGAUGGAAACGAUUCAACCGGGAAGAAACUGUUCGAGAGCACAGUGAGUCGCUAGGCGGGUUGUCUUGAAUCCUUCACCAUGGAUACGAACUACAAGAUCCCGUCCUCGAAGCUGGAAGAUCUGUCGAUAAUGAAUAGCCAGUGUUGCGUGAAUUUGACAGCUUCCAAAUCCGGUAGUCCGACAAAACGUGUUGGAAAUCUGAACCAUAGAAAGAUUGUCAAACAAUGUAAAUUAAUGAUUCUGAUUGAAAUUCUCAUCACGAUAGCAAUCCUGUCUUUUGUCGGGUUUCUAAUCUACGUCAGCGUCGAAUCAGGUUACCUAUCGAGUUUCUACGAAACUGAAAACGUGUACGAUAUCAACCAACCGCAUACACUGGCCGAACAAGCUUCUACAUUAGAACCGCGAAAUGAAGAUUCGAAUUUUGAUUUAAAUAAAUACUUCUUCAGCGACCUGCUUCUGAAAUUAAGCCCAGAUCUACGAUCGGUAAUAGUGCACAUGGAUCAAAAUCGUUUGAGACGACAAGCUAAGAAUGUUCCCUGUACAGAAAACAUGGAGCACUGCAAAACGGUGAUAGAUUCGAUGUGGAGUAUCGUUAGUAUAGUGAACAACAGUUUGCCUCAUCUGCAAUCGUUUUUAAACAACUUUUCCACUGAUCAAAACGGGCCUAAGUCGAAAUUCGUCGAAUUAGUCGAAUGUUUGCAGUGUAAGAACGAUUCCAUUGCGUCUGUAGACGAAUCUGGAUCAGUAAACGAUGAUAGAAUGGCGUACGAGCACAUUGAUCAUGCUCAGAUAAAAAAUAACGUAGAAAUUGUUAAUAAUUUAUUAAAUGAUAAGAAACAUAACAAAGAACAGAAGUCUAGUACUAAUCCUAACUCGAGCACAAUUGGAAACGAAGAAAUUACAGAAAAACCAAUCUUUAGCAAUACUGACGACCGGAGUGUCAUUAAUAAUUAUAAUAAUAAUAAAAUGGAGAAUUCGAUAAAUGAUAAUUCAAGUGAUCAUCAAAGACAUUCUACGAUGACCCAGAAACCGGAAAUGGAAAAUUCCACGACAAUCAGAUCUAUGGAAUUAACUAGCUCGUCUACGGAAGCGGCGAUGAUUAAUGCAACAGCGAGUGGAUCGAUAACGCGGAACACGGAAGAAGCUAGCGCCCAAAUGAGUAGAAUCAAUGGUACGAAGUGGGACGUAGUUACUGCGACCGUGACAGCCAAACCAGACGCGGACAACGUGACGGAAAUAACGAAAGACCCGGUGCAUCCUCUGGUGCAUCCUUCGGGCCAAGGUCAGGGCGAACGUACGGAAAAGGAAGGUGGGAACGAAUCAGCAUCAAAUAAGACGAGCUUCCGUAACUCUCAACCGAGGAUCGCUUCAAAAGUGAAUCCGGACGCAUUGCCAACCGCGGAGACAAUGAAAUCGAGUCAGCAGCUGCAGCUGAACCCGACGAUGUCCUGGACGCCUUACCAGGUCUGUUUCUACGCGCCUGGGGCAAACGGUCUCACGAGACAGUCGGCACCGGGUCAGAUGUACCCGGGAUCGUCGAUGGGCAGCGUAUAUCCAGUUUCGAUGCCGCAGCAGCACCGCCAGGGCUUCCAAAGCCCUAAUCAGGUGCCAAGUUACACGCAAGUGCAAGUACAGAACAUGCAAUUUUUACCCGGUGGCCAGCCCGGGCAAAAGAUGGGACCAACGGGUCCGGCGACACAGAAUUUUCCUGCUUAUUCUGGCCAUCAAAUAUCCUCGCCGACUGCUGCUGCGAAUCUGAAUUCAAAGAGCACGUAUUAUUGCACCUACAUUCCUGCACCGACGUUCCAAUUCCCAACUAUUCCUGGUGUGACCGAGUAUCAGCGAUCUUCUGCUCCAGUCGAGGAAACAGAUGAAGUGGAAAAUAUUAUAGAAGAUGCCAGUCGUAAUAAGUCAGAAACGUGUCCGUUUAACAUGAUUCGAUGCGAUGAUGGGAGCCAGUGUAUAUUGAGAUCGCAAUGGUGCAACGGGCUGGUGGACUGCACCGAUGCGAGCGACGAAACCAGUUGUUCUUGUAGGGAUCGGAUAUCGCAGGAUCGACUCUGCGAUGGGUAUUUCGAUUGCCCGCACGGCGAGGACGAAUUAGGAUGUUUGGGUUGUCCGAAAACUAAAUUCAGCUGCAACGAUUGGCAAAGGCGAUACACUGCGGAAAAUUGCGUUCCGAUGUCAAAACGAUGCGAUGGGAUAAAACACUGUGCCAAUGGAAGAGACGAGAUGGAGUGUAACAUUCUUACGUCUUCGCACAUUGAAGGGAAAAAUGUAUUCAUAAUUGGUCACACUGACGGAUACCUGCACAAAAACUUCAAAGGUCAAUGGUACCCCGUGUGCAUGGCAGUCGAAUCCUGGGCGAAGGAUGCAUGUGCUUCGGAAAUAGGCAAAGAAAUUACUGAAACACCAACGAUGACUGUCCACCCGGUACCGAGCGACGCGUACAAAGGAUCGUACAUAACAGAAAUGAACGGAGAAACGAAGAUAAUCCCUUCCUGCAGACACACCGCGAUUUACGUGCGCUGUCCACAAUUUCCCUGUGGUAUCAGUGCACAGAAAAACGAGGAUUUCGCGCCACCGCAAGUGUUCGAGAACGAAGAGCAAAACGUUGUGGACGGUUUAAUGUGGCCAACUUUCGAGGACAAGAUGGACCCAAGAGUCAGCAAAUUAGAUUCCAUGGUGGGAUCGCAGUUGCGCGUUGUCGGUGGACGCGCGAGCCAGCCGAAGGCUUGGCCGUUUCUGGUGGCUAUUUACAAGGACGGCUUAUUCUACUGCGGCGGUGUCAUUCUGAACGAGCUCUGGAUACUCACGGCAGCCCAUUGUCUCUAUGGCUACACAGACAAUUAUUUUGAAGUCCAAGCGGGGAUACUUCGAAAGUCCUCUUUUUCACCGAUGGCGCAGACGAGGAAAGCGCGGUACAUCGUACCGCAUCCGCAGUACAAUAGCAAAGACAUGAUCAACGACAUAGCUAUGAUCAUGCUGGACGACCCCCUGCACUUCAACCGAUGGGUGCGACCAGUCUGCCUCCCCGGGCGAAGUCUCUUGGGUUCGAUGUGGAGGUUCAAACCGGAGCCAAAUUCAAUUUGCGUUACGAUGGGCUGGGGCGCUCUCAGUGAACAUGGACCAGAUCCUGAUGAUUUGAGAGAAGUACAGGUACCGAUACUGUCGAGCUGCAGACACUUAGUAGAUCAGAUUGACGCGACCAUUUGUGCUGGCUAUCCUCAAGGAGGCCGAGACGCUUGUCAAGGAGACAGUGGUGGUCCCCUAAUGUGCAGAAAUCCGUACUCGAAAUCUCAGUGGUAUGUGGCGGGUGUGGUCAGUCAUGGAGAAGGUUGCGCCCAGCCGAACGAACCAGGCGUCUACACGAGGGUCAGCUAUUUCCUCGACUGGAUUCAAGAUAUUAUCAAUGGUCGUGGAUUGCCUUCCAUGAGGCGAACUCCUUUAGAAAAGUGUCCUGGUUUCAGAUGCGGGGGAGGUCUAGGCAUAUGCUUACCAAUUACAGCGCGCUGUAAUCGUACAGUCGAUUGUUUAGACGGCGAGGACGAAGUCAAUUGUCCUGACCAUUACCCACUCUACAGAAGCAAGACCAAAUCCAAUUUUGAACUCAAGACGACACUAGACUCGAAAAUAGAUUAUUCCACGGUGUCUGAUGUCACUCGACUCGAAAUCAGUAGCACCAUCCCCUCAUUAAUUUCUGAAAAGGCUGAUGUCACAACGGACAAAUCUACGUAUGUAGACGAUAAUAAGCGUGUCUCAGAAUCUGACCAAAGUGUAAUUUCAACGACUGUUAGUGCUGAUUAUGCAAAGAGUAACACAGUGUCACUACCAACAGUUCCUAGUACAACAUUCACUUGUUCAAGAUUGCUUCAAACUAUUUCCGCGAACAAGAGAUGUGACAGGAUAAUAGAUUGCGAAGACAGUACUGAUGAAAUGAAUUGCACUUGCAAAGAUUUCCUAAAAACCGCAAAACCGAGUGCUAUUUGUGAUGAUUAUGUAGAUUGCGAAGAUCUCACGGACGAACAAGACUGCGAAAUUUGUGCUAAGGAUGAAUUCUUCUGCAAGACAAGCAAGACUUGCAUUCCGAUGUCAAAGAAGUGCAACGGAGUGUUCGAUUGCCCGUUCAGAGAAGACGAUCUCGAUUGCUUUACAUUAACUGACGAUCAGCACGUGUACCUGGACGCGAAUAAACGACCGUUUUUGAAUAUGCAAGGAAUAUUGACACAACAAUCCAAAGAAAGCUGGCAAACGACCUGUCAUCGACCAAGGUUUUACCAAAAUGAAUCUACACUCAAACUCAUUGGACAAAACAUGUGCGAGUACUUCGGUUUUAGAAAUAUGAUAUCUUCAAUGUCCGUACUUGUGAAGAAGUCGAAACUCGAAACGAUAGCCUGGCCUUCGAAUUCCACGUACCAAGAGAACUCCACAGCGGUUUCUCUGAAUAAGACAGAUGAAACCUGCCCGGGGAUUUCUAUUCAGUGCGCAUCGGUUCUCGGUAACAGCGUGAAUACGUACUUAGUCGUCGAUGCGAAAACCGGAAGUCGCGACUACCUGUGGCCGUGGGCGGCUGCCAUCUUCGUUGAUGGGCACUACCGAUGCUCAGCACUGCUGUUGGAACCCAGCUGGGUAUUAUCCGCUGCAAAAUGUCUCGAAAACGUCAGAUUAGAUACAAAUUACACGACAGCCGUGUUCGGUUAUGGCCCACUGCUACACUUGAUAGAUGGUCCUCAUCAACAACAAUCGGUGAUCGACGAACUGCACCUGGUGAACGGUUCCGUGUCAAUUUUGUUACACUUGAAAAAUCCAGUCGAGUUCACUCGUCACGUGCAACCACUAUUCCUCAACAAAACAAUUUAUCUGCCAGGACUGGACGAGACUUGCGUUGCUCUGGCAACUGACGAGAAUUAUGAAACUAAGUCAAUUUUUAUGAGGCCUGUCUUGCAAAGUUGUGCGACUUGUCAACGCUGUUUCGUGAACGCUUCCGAUUGCUCGGGAACGGAAACAUCAAACUGGAGUGGAACGAUAUUCUGUCGCGGUAAGAAGGGAUGGCGUCCCACCGCUGUUUUCCAGGACAACAAAGGAAUGUGCAAUCUUCAGAAUCCUCAAGCUAUGACCAGUAUCGAUUACAUAAAUCCGUACCUAAUCGAAGCUAUAGAUGCACCGAGGCGAUCCGUCGAAGCGACUUGCAACGGUUUCCGAUGCAAGAUGGGCCAAUGCAUUCCACCGAAACAAAUUUGUAACGGAGUCUCGGACUGCCGUGAUAAAGAAGAUGAGAAUCCAGUGUACUGUGCACAAUAUCGCAACAAUUGUGAGGAUACCACAGGCUGCAGUUGCAAAGUAACGGAAAUCCGCUGCAAAAAUGGAAAAUGCGUGGACAAAAGCGCAUUCUGCGACGGGAAAAUCGAUUGCUCCGACGGAUCCGACGAGCCGGAGACAUGUAGCUGUGCGGAGUAUCUCAAGCUUACUAUACCAGAACGAUUAUGCGACGGCGUGCGCCAUUGCUUCGAUAAAACCGACGAAUCGCCGGAUCUGUGCCCUUGCAAAGAUUCGAGUUUCCAAUGUAGAACGAUGAGUGGCAAUGAUACUUGCAUACCUCAAGAUUUCGUUUGCGACGGGAUAAAAGACUGUUUAGACGGCGAGGACGAAGCCACGUGUAGAAUAACGAAAAAAGUUUCAGUUGAGAGGAAUGAAGUUGAAGAAGUGAUACGUAGAAGUUACGGUGUCUGGCAUUCAGAGUGCUUCCCAAAUCCCGUGUUAUCCAAUAACGAAGCGUCAGAAUUAUGUAAAUCUAUGGGAUAUUCUUCGGGAAGUGUUUAUAACGAUACUGUAGUCGUGGAUGAGCCCAUGAUCCCCAGACGACACGACUUUCAUAUGGUCAGGUUAAAUAGUUGGCUGUGGAUGACUUUGAGAGAAGACGGACCACUGAUAACUCUGGAGAAAUCUAAUGAAACUUGUCAUCGAGCGUUUGUCGACUGUGUCUGAUAUUUAAAUUCCUAAGAUUGUAUUUAUUUAAUAAUUUAUUUAACUGUGCCAUUGUAUAAAAAUUUUCAGUGCAUUGUCAGGGAACAACAAACAAUAUUGUAUAACAUAUUUUGAAUAAAGGUAUGGAACAAAUAAUAAACUGUUUGAUUCAUAUAAAAACCUGUACCAUUCACGAUUCUAAUUUUAAACCUGAGAGAGAAGACAAACCAUGGAUACUUCUGAAGAAAUCUAAUGAAACUUGUCAUCGAGCAUUUG